AUGAAGAAACGUGCUUCUCGUUCGGGGGCUACAAAAACAGCAAAAUUGAAAACGCUUCUGCGGCAAAGAGCGAACAUUUUGGGCUCUGCCGCAUUAAUCAAACAAUUCAACGACAACUACCAGCAUGGUCAAGUUCACCAACUCAAAGUGAGGAUCGAAUCACUCGAUCAGAUGUGGGCUGAAUUCGCGCGGGUGCAAGACGAAAUAGAGGAAAUUGAGAGUACCAUUGCUGUCGAAGGUGACGAAACUAACGAUGAAGUUGAUCCAGUUUUGUCUGCACAGCGCAUUCAGUUUCAGAACUUGUAUUUCGAGCUCAAAGCUUCUCUAGCGAGCAAAAUUCCUACUGAAACUCAUCCUAGUGUGGUUGUGAAUCGCCCUCCGGUACAACCAAUGCAUUCUGUGCGGUUACCGGAAAUCAACAUUCCGGAAUUUGGUGGAAAUCCGUCGAACUGGAUUGUUUUUCGAGACAUUUUUCGGUCCAUGAUCCACGCUAGUAAUCAACUCUCGUUGGUGAGAAAAAGGCACUAUUUAAAGGCGGCUCUCAAAGGUGAAGCCGCACGCAUCGUCGCUAAUUUGGAUGUCAAUUCCGACAAUUACGUAAUCGCAUGGAAAUCGGUUUGUGAUCGUUACGAUAAUCCCAACCUUUUGCGGAAACAUUAUUUCGCUGCUCUGUUCGCAAUUCCGUCUGUGAGAAGAGCUUCCUCGUCGUCGCUAUAUGAACUUGUCGAUGAGUUUGAUCAUCAUGUGGGUAUGCUAGAGAAACUAUACACGCCUGCUGAUCUAUGGAACACUGUUCUCGUUGAAACUUUGAGUAAGCGUCUCGAUCCGGUGACUUUGAAAGAUUGGGAAAACAGCUGUGAUGAAAAUGUGCGUCCUACUUAUCAGCAGUUAGUGGAGUUUGUGCGGAAAACGUCGCGAGUUCUACAAUCGAUUAAGCUUCUACAAUCGCCUAUUCAGCCAUUAAAAUCUAGACCGAUCAAAUCCAAACUGAUUUCCACUCAUAUUGCAACGGAGACAACAAGCAAGUGUCCACUUUGCAAUCAAGCACAUCUUCUUUUCAAGUGCGAUCAGUUUGUCGGAAUGGAAGCGAAACAACGUUUUGAGCUGGUGAAGAAAAAUGGAUUGUGUAUCAAUUGCCUGAAGGGAUCACACCUUGCGAAGAACUGCACCAAACAGUCGUCCCAGGCGGCGUUAGUUUGUUCGUCUAUAACCAGUGAAGUGAUUCCCUCAGAGCAACAUACAUUAUCGUCGAGCUCGUCCGUAUUCGAACCACAAUCGUUUUCUUCACCACCAUCACGUGCGAUACCGCCAUCCGUCGGGGCUGGUACUUCCGGUUCGUUCGACCGUGCCGAGAUCGAUCGGCAAACUCAUGUACCGGACUCUUCUUCGAUUGCCUCCUAUGUCGCUCCACAACCAAGUCCCGAUGAAGUGUUUCUGUCAACAGUGGCUAUAAAGGUGAAAGACGUCAAUGGCAAUUACCGAUAUGCGCGUGGAGUUCUAGAUAGCUGUUCGCAGGCCAACUUUAUUUCGGAAUCUUUGGCUCGAAAAUUGGAACUGAAACGUGACCGAAUCAGCAUUGAUGUCAGUGGUAUUGGUCAAGGAAUAGUUCACAUCCGCUCAAAGGUUCAAGUCAAAAUCGCCCCUCGUUUCGGUGGAUUCGAUUAUCUUCUCGAAUGUCUCGUUAUACCACAAAUCACCGUUACUCUUCCCAGCAAGCACAUCGAUAUUUCUGGUUGGAAUCUUCCAAAAGGUAUACCGCUAGCAGACCCGAGGUUCAAUAUAAGCUCUGGGGUUGACAUUCUGGUAGGGGGAGAACUCUUCUAUGCUUUAAUGGAAACACACAAGAUCAGCUUGCCCACCGGCUACCCCUUGCUCCAGAAGACAGUUUUCGGAUACGUCGUGGCUGGCCGGCUAUCAUGCGUAGCGAAUACUCUACCAAUCUGUGUAGUUAGCGCUACUUCAACUCUCGAUAGUAAGUUGCAGCGUUUCUGGGAGGUCGAACAAUUCGACAACUACAAGGCAAUGACCCCGCUAGAAGAAGUGUGUGAACAGCAUUUCAGGAGAACGGUAUCUAGAACGAGUUGUGGACGCUACAUGGUUCGUCUCCCAGUACGAGAAGAAAUGCUUCCGAUGGUAGGAGACUCGUUUUCCGUGGCGCAGCGCAGAUUUUUCGCGAUUGAGCGAAAGUUCGCAGCAAACCGUGAGUUCAAAGACGAAUACGUGAAAUUCAUGGAGGAGUACAAGGAACUUGGUCAUAUGGAGUUAAGUCCUCGCGAUGGAAAUCCCCAGUUCAUCCUGCCGCACCACGCCAUCUUUCGGCCAGAUAGCACCACUACAAAAACCCGCGUCGUUUUCGACGCUACUUGUAAAGGAAGCUCUCAGUUGUCAUUGAAUGACGUUCUACUUGUCGGGCCCAUCGUUCAACCACCUCUUCUUGCUAUCGUCCUCAAUUGGCGGAUUCCUCGUUAUGUCUUCAAGGCGGAUGUAGAGAAGAUGUUUCGUCAAGUAUGGGUUCAUCCUCUGGACCGAAAAUUGCUUCAGGUUCUUUGGCGGUCUAGCCCAUUCGAACAACUUCAACGGUAUCAGCUAACUACAAUUACGUACGGGACUUCAUGCGCACCAUACCUCGCUACCCGUGUGCUCAAUCAACUGGCAGAAGACGAAGGGCACAAAUACCCACUGGGUGCGAAGAUUAUUCUGAAAGGGUUUUACAUGGACGAUGCUCUUGCUGGAGAAGACGAUUUGGAAACGGCGAUCGAAGCUAGCAAACAAGUAGCAGAACUUCUAAGGUUAGCUGGUUUUCAAUUGCGAAAAUGGAGUUCUAACGAUCCAAGGAUCCUGGCACACCUGCCAAAUGAAAUAAAGGAAUUCUCGCCGGAAACAGAAAUCGAUGGCGCUGGAACCGUGAAAACAUUGGGUCUGCUAUGGUCACAUGGUACCGAUGAAUUUGGAUUCAAGAUCCCAUUACUUCCUUUACUGCAUAAGGUCACCAAGCGGGUGGUUGCUUCCGAGAUGGCGCAGUUAUUCGAUCCACUCGGACUUGUGGGAUCGGUGGUAAUGAGUGCUAAAGUAUUUAUCCAAAGGUUGUGGGCAAUCCAUAUUCCAUGGGACGAAGACCUUCCUGAGGAGCUACGAGACUGGUGGCUUCAUUUCGGAACGAAAUUCCAGUGUUGGCAAAGUUGA